AGGGGAGGCUGUCGUCAUUCUUCUGCUUUGAGAACACAGCAGCAGGCUGGUUCUCGUCGGCUAUAGGUCGGGAGUCAGGCGGUCCCUGUACACAAUAACAUGUCGUCGAUGAUUCGGAAGAAGUCUGAGGACCGACUGCAGGGCUUUUUGUUCGUCAUCGCGCGCCGUGGCCUGGUGGUCUGGGGAACUUCACCGGCACUGCCUCGGUCAACUCCACAAAGGGGGCGCGGCGGUCUUGGCGCUGGUUGAUCAACGCGCUCUUGGCUGCGACCGUGUUGAUGAACCUCUUGUCAAGCAAAAAGACAGGAUCCUCCCCAAAUCACCUCGUAAGACCGCCAAAGUCAGAUAGAUAUUCGUGGAACACAGCAGCGAAACACGCAGACAACAUGCAAGCCCUGCCCAACGCCGGCAAGCCUGUGGAUGGGGACUAUCCCCAGCCGACGACGACAACCCUCCCUAUCCUGACGCUUGGCAACGAUGACACAGCUACGUGGGACUACGCGGUGUUCCUCCAGGCCGAGCAAGACGACAUUGGCUAUCUCGCCGAGGAAAGCUCAACAUCCAGGGCGACACCGCCGCCGAUCAUGUCAGCGUCGCCGACGUCGGCGUCAUCCCUCUCGAGCGUCUCGAGCGUGCCAUUGCAUCCACUGGCGCCGCGACAGCACCGGCGAAUUUCACCCGCCGCCGCCCUUACGCCAUAUUCCCAUGGCGACGCGGUUCAUGGUGAGAGCAGCAUGAGCCAUGGGACCCAGGCACAACCCAGGCAGCGGCUGGAGAGAAGGGGCCAUACCAAGAGCAGGAGAGGGUGCUUCAACUGCAAGAGGCGCCGGAUCAAGUGCCAGGAGACGCGGCCCGCGUGCGGGCAUUGUGUCAAGCAGGGACUCAAGUGCGAAUACCCGGCGCUGCCGACCAUCGUGCACCAGCCCCAGCACCAGAUCCCAAUCUUCAGCUUGCAAGACAUGCGCUUCUUCCAGCACUUCCUGCUGAACUGCUACCCGCACCACCCGCUCGGGUCCGAAGACCUCUGGCUCCACGACAUCCCCUGUCUCUCGCAGAAGUACGACUACCUAAUGCACGCGAUCCUAGGCUACUCGGCCUCGUCGCUCAUCUCGCCCGCCGAGCCGACGCUGGCGUCAGCCGCGAUGGCGCACCGGCUCAAAGCGAUCCGCGCCAUCAAGAAAUCGCUCGCCGACGCGAGCCGCCAGCAGCAGCAGCAUCACCGCCGGCAGCACCAGCACCAGCACCAGCACCAGCACCAGGAGGGGGCAGUGGUGGCGGGACAGGAAGAGAACCACCAGCACCACCACCGCGGCGGCGGAGGCGGGCAAGACGGCGGCGACGACGGCCUGGCGGAGGAGGGCAACGCGCUGAUGGCGACGUGCUACGCGCUGACGUACCAGAGCGUGUACCUGGACGACGGCAUGGCCGAGUACAUGAGCUUCAUCCGGGGCAUCAUCAUCGUCGCCAUAGCCGUGUACUGCCGCGGGGCGGGCGGGCGCCUGAUGUUCGCCCGCUUCCUGGAGGACGAGCGGGAGAAGAAGGUGCUGGAGCCGCACAUGCGCGAGCUGCCGCUGAUCGAGAGGGCGUGGGCGGAGGGCGCGCUCGAGGGCGUCGAGGGCCUGCGGGCGCUGGUGGACGGCGUCGAGGGCAGGGAGGUCGAGCGGGGGUAUUGGGAGCUCAUUGGCGAGAUCGCGAGGAUGUUGCUUGUUAGUUCGUGGAAGGCAUACCUCGCCCUGUCGGAGCACUACAAGUGGUGGAUGAUGCUGCCGCACGACAAGUUCCAGAGGCUAGUGGACCCGAACAACCAGGUGGCGAUCUUGCUGGGGGCGCACUGGAUCGCACUACAGCAGAUCAUGGCCCCCAUCUGCGAGGCGGAGGAGAAGUGCGCGACCAAGAUGCCGCAGCGGUCGCCGGAGGCGGGCAUCAGCGUGGGCAUCAUCCGCUGGCUCAAGUAUCUGAACGCGCAGGUCGACCGGGAGCACGCAGCGUACAACCGCUGGCCGCGCUGGGUGGAGGCGCAGCUGGACCGGGACCGGGGCUUCUUUGGGAGGACGCGCUGAGCCGGCGGCCGGCGUUGUGGUCGUCGGGGUCCCCGGGCUGCUGCUUCUCGGCCUUUGCCUCCGUGCUCCCGGGAAGUUCUCAUGCUUCCCAGAGAUAGUGUAGAAGCGGGAAACGCUUGGUCCUGCAAGCGGAUAUAAUUCUCCAUAUUCGUACACAGUACGGAAGUGCGUCCGCACAAGAUUUACCUCAAAUGCCAAAGCUUGCCAACCGACGUUUUGUGAAGGGUAGCUUGGGUCUUUCCAGUCCUCGACAAGCACCUCGAUACCGU